AAGUUGUUAUUAUCAGUUGAUUAACAUCUGUCUCCAAAACAACAAACAACGGCGUCAACCAGAAUGGCUAGUCUUUUCCAAAUCGUAUUGGUGGUCUUAGCUGCCACAUCUGCUAUGGCAGAACCAGUGAGAUUCAGGCAAAAUUCUCGUGGUAGUAGAUUCUUUGCUCGUCAAGAAGUGGCACCUAGUUCUCCUGCUCCAGCACCUGCUCCAGAAGAUGCUCCUUACCCGGCAGCUGGCAUUACACCUUCAAUUCCAUUCGAACUUCCCAAUGAACCAACAACUGUUCAACCGGAUAACACCUACCUUCCUCCGGCACCAGCUCCUACACCCGAUAACACUUAUGGCCCACCAGCAGAAACUUAUGGACCACCUGCCCCACCUCAGCCAGACAAUCAAUAUGGACCACCAGAAGCACCAUCGGCACCAGCUGCCGAGGAACAAUCCUUGGACAUUGAUCCCCGCAGUCAAAGAAUCAUUGUACGCCAACGAAACCAGAAAGCCUCGCUUAUCCAGCAAAGACCACAAAGAAUUAGAUCCCAGCCAUUGAGAGCAGCCAGAAUUCAGUUAGAACCUGUAGAGAUUAUAAGAUCCCGACCAGUCAUUCAUUACUCUGUGCAAUAUAAGAGUUUUUAGAGAUCGACAUUAGUGUUGGAGUGACCAUCUUACUUGUUUUAUAAUUUUAAAUUGUUGUUUAUGGAAAUCUAUAUAAAUAUACGAGUUUGUAAAAGCAAA